CCCCAACAAAGUGGGUGUUGUGCUCCAGUCGGUGUCCAAAACCGCGGCUUUGUUUCACUUCUGUUUCGCCAAGGUCGUUUUCGCAUUUUCGCUCAUGGCCGAGAGAGCAAAAUGCAUCGGGCCCAAGGGGGAUGGCCGACUAUGCAAGCGGCGCGACUGCUGCCGCCCCGGUCGCCAUGCACACCUUCGGCUUCCCGUGCUUUGCAGGUGCGCUGGCGCAAUCACGUCUUGGGCGUGAAAUUCGAGGCGAAGCCCAGCUGGCAGAUGGACGCGGCACAAAGUGCGAGUCGGAGCCGCAGGAGUCGGAGCCGGAGCUGCAGGACCUGGUGUACAUGGCGCCCCAGCGGAUCAACCUCCCUCGCGAGAGGUUCUUCACGGCGUGAUGGGUCCGGCCGUGGUCCGGUGCGCGCGCACGCGCCCCGCGGCUUCCAUGAGCCGAAGGUCUCGUUUGCGCCGCAUCGAGAGCGCGGGGGGAG